AAAGUCGUUUACCAUACUGUAAUGGGAAAAUGGCGCAUUACUUGAUUUGUAUUUUAUAGGUUUUUGCGGGAAAUAUAUUUGAUACAGUUUAUAUUUUUGAUGCUUUUUUUUUUAAGUUACAGUUAUACAUUCAUUAUCACGGUAUUUUAUUAAUUGUUAUGGAACAGUAUGUCAUUACACUGUUUAUCUGCGAAGACAGCGUCGUUGCUGAAGAGUUCUCAGGUUAUAACCUCGGUUUCUACCGUGGUCAAGGAACUUACGGAAAAUGCUAUUGACGCGGGGGCAAACAAUAUCGAAGUUAAGCUGGAGUACCAUGGCAUGGGUAAGAUUGAAGUUAAGGAUGAUGGGUGUGGCAUCAAGCGAGAUGACACAUCUUAUGUUUGCCUUCCCAGCUACACAUCAAAAAUAAAGGAUUUCUCAGACCUGGAUGAGCUCCGCAGCUAUGGUUUCCGAGGUGAGGCAUUGAAUGCCAUCUGCCGUCUUGCAGACGUCACCAUCACUACGCGGACAGACGUUGAUGACUAUGCUCUGUCGUACACCAUGGAUGCAAAAGGGGAAGUCAAGUCUCAGCAGCCAUCACACAUAUCAAAAGGAACGAUCGUGAGCGUAAGUGGGUUGUUUCGGUCACUGCCGGUGAGACGGGAGUACAUGCGGGACCAGCAUCGGGCCGGGGAGGAGCUGCGGAGGGUGGAGGCAGUGGUGAAGGCACUCGCCGCGAUACACCCACCUCUGCGGCUGACGCUAAGCCACAACAGGUGCCUGGUGUGGCAGAAGUCGACAGUGGCGACCCUGCGGCAGUCGCUGCUGCACGUGGUGGGGCACCGGCUGUUGGCCGGGCUGGAGGAGCACAGCCUCCAAAACACCCAGUUUACAGCUAUGAUGAUGCUUCCGAAGAAAAGUUUGCCAGCCAUUGCAGAAAUUUGUCAGUCAAGUGUUGAUUGCAUGUUGGUGUACAUCAACAAACGACCUGUCAGGCACAAGAAAAUAGAGAAGCUGGUGGUGAGACACAUGAAAGAGUUCUACCAUCAGUUCCCCGCGGGUAAACACCCGACCUGCUUCAUAGCCUUGGAUCUGCCUCCAGCGGAGGUGGAUGUCAACUUGGAGCCCAACAAGACUCGUGUCUUCCUCAAGGAUGAGGAUAAGUUGCUUUCCAAACUUGAUGAGUUCUUCAACUUCCACUAUGAACCAAAGCUACCAAAACUGAAUGCUGCGAAAGACCACAAGUCGUCAAAGUGUGAACAGAACCACGAUGGUUCCCCCGGCACCCAGGGAAACGGUCCGGCGAAACGCCCGAAGCUGGACGCCGCCCGCCCAGCGGCCUCGCAGAAGACAGUGCGGGCUGCGUACAAGAUGCUGCAGGCCGAGAGCAGUGCAUCUCUACAGUGGACGCAGCAGUGCACGGGGGAGGGUGGGGCGGUCGGUGAGAACCAGUUGGCGCUGACAAGGAGCACUCCCCACCACGAGGUAGCCACGCCACUCAGAACUGCGACAGAGCACGACCUCGGUGUCGCUGACUCGAGCAUACGCGUACCCUUCCAGGCCCAAACUGACUUGGAGUUAGCAGUUGAAGCAGUUGAAGCAGUAGAAGUCGGUACUGAGGCACCUUCGGGCGAUGGUACGUUUCAGCAGUUAAAUAGCAUUACAGAGGAUAAUGCAAACUGUCAAAAUAACACUCAUAAUGUUUUGGACACCGGUGAGUGCAUUUCCCAGUUCUUUUUCAACAUUGAUGCUCCCAUCGUGGACCCAGUAACUAAUAUUUCAAAACAAAAUGUGGACACAAAAGUUUCAGAGAACUAUAACAACGGUUACUCCGGUGAAUCAAGUUUGGUAGAAGAGCAGAGGGUAGUUUGUAGUAGGGCACCACUGAUGCAGCACGAUGGUUACAUUGUCAGCACAGAAUAUCCAUCACCUGGCGCAGAUGCACCUAAAGAGUUAGGUUACUGUGUGGAAGUAAACACUGUCGAGUGUGCUGAUCCUAACACACGUAGCGAUGCUCGUGUUCCUGGUGCCGGUGCCGAGAGGGGCGAGGGGCUGGGCAGCGGUUGUAACGGAGCCGUGGAGAAGGCAGAGCCGUGCAGGGCUGUGAGCCAGAGCGUGUGGGAGGCCGCUGAUGCCGCCGCCGGCUUCUCGGGCCACGUCGUCGUGGAGGAAGAGAGCAGUGUCGGCGAACAGCCCACGGCCCGGUGUCCGUGGCCCGAGGCGUGGAGCAGGGGCAGUGUGGCCAACAAGCAAGGUCGAGCUUUGCAGGGUGGAGCGGCGUUGGUCACCAACACCAGUUUGAACGACACCAUCCAGAGUGCGAGCAGCCAGAUGGGGUGCAAGGAGCAAAGUGCAUUCACCAAGUUUUCACGCUCCAUGAGGCCCAAAAUCCUUGAUGAGAACCCAGGAAUUGCGUUCACGAAGGUGGCAGGCUUGCUGGUGAGUCGGUGGCGUGCGCUCUCCCCGGAGGAGCAGGCUCGCUACGAGGACCUAGCUGUGCAAGCAGAGCAGCAGAGGCGUUGCGAGCUCGACCGUCGCUCACUGACGCUCGUCAGGGGCAAGAAGGCAGUGAAGAGAGAAGCUCAGCAGCCCAGGAACACUCUCGACGGCGUGGUGCAGAAGAGACCGCAGUGCACCGCCUCCACCAAGCGAGAGUUCCUGGUUACAGAGACGCUUCCCAUCACCAUAGACAACGUUAGAGUGCGGUUCAGCCACAGCGCUUCUAAAUGUGUGGCGGGGGAAGCUCUCCGGGAAGGGGAAGUGCAGCUGCUCGGGCAGUUGCGGCCAAGUGGGUCGUGGCUGUACUUGCGUGGCCGGGAGCUGGGGUUGCUGCGUCACUGGGGCCUGCAGGAGAAGGUGUUGUACCACAGGCUGAUGUCAGAGAACACGAUACCAACCAAGCAACUGCAGGAGAAACUACCCAUUUCUCAGGGCUCUCUUGGCACAGACUUGUGGGAGCUGCUGUUGUCGAUGGACAGGAAAUUCUGCCCAGAAUUGAGGUGCUUACUGCUAUCCAGUCCUGCCUUGGACAGAAAUGGCUUUAAGAUUGAAGUGAAAGAAAGUGGCGACCAGGUAUCGUGCUACCUAAGCAGUGUGGCUAGCGUUACUCGCUUCUUCGGGAUGGUGGACCUGCGGGAAACACUGCAGCUUGUUCAGUUUCAUGGUGCCGAGCUGGCACAACUCAAGUACUGCCGUCCUCCCAAGAUUGCCAACUACCUGCGGUGCGAGGCAGUGCGGAUGGCACAGCAGUCUCCUGGCACAAUGGACCGUGAUGAUCUGCUGGAGCUGCUACGCUUCUGGGACUUCCACAUGACGCAGGAGGAGCCAGUGUGCCUCCACCACAAGCCUAUAUACAUGCCCCUUCACUCCCUGGGCUCUGUGUCGUGACACCCGCCGCUGGAUGCACCAGUCAUGCUCAGUAUACUUCUCCUGAUGUAUUUGCAUACGGAAUCAUGUUCAAAAAUUUAAUUAAACUUUUAGGAUAAGAUAUGUUGAUAAUUUUGCUCCAGAGCAUUAUCAGUGGUUGCUUGAAACAUUAUAUCUCAGUAUUAAAUAUUUUGACUACUU